AUGAAUCUUAGCAAUAAAAAAGUUUCCUUGAGCAUAAAGAAAUUAAUGAAACAAUUGUUUAAGCGACACAAAUGCCGAAAAGGUGCCAAUGUGAAACACUGUAAUAAAAAGGACAACAAGGAAUCAAUGAUGCCUUUGGCGAGUAGGCUUGAUGGCAGUCAUUAUAUAGAUCUUAAAAGUGAAAACAAUGAAUCUUUCUGUACCUCGGAAAACAACUAUACCAUUAGUCUACAUACCAAUGAAGUUUCUCUUCUAUCCACCGACUAUACCAUCUGCGAUUACCUAUUUCCCCAACAACCCUAUGAAUUGGAAGACUUCGAUAUUAGUAUCUUAACCACAAUCCCUGUACACUUUCUACAUACCCAGACGGGAGCAUUUUUUUGGACUUCAGAAAGUGAACUACCACCUGAUAAUGAUUUGGUGGAACCAUUGGCUUGCUCCACCUAUAAUCAGCUGGCAUGCAUGCAAUAUCCUUGA